AGCUGAAGAGUUAAAAUACCUGCAGUCCAGGCUCCACCUCAGUGAGUUGAGGGGAGGAAAGAGGCAGAGAUCUGUGGAGCAGGCCAGUGAGCACAGAGGGCUCUGUGUGCCGGCAGGGAGGAGGGCAAAGCCAAGCCAAGCCAGCCCUGUGAGUUUCCAGCAGCUGUGUAGCCCCGGACCAGGAAGGAAGGAGGGAGGAAGCCUCUCAGGAUCCCAGCCGGCUCCUGCAGCACCGCUAGCUCAGCCCCAGCAUGUUGCAGUGGAAGAAGACGAUCUACAAAAGUGUCUGCCUGUCCUUUGUGCUGGUGAUCAUGGUGACAGUGCUGCAGAGGGGGAUGACUCCUAGCCAUUUCAUGCCGGGCCAGCAGCAGAAAGAAUUGCACCAAGAGCCUGUGAAAGCUCAGAAGAGAGAUGGCAUCUUCUCCAAGACCGGCCACUUCUGGAAGAGCAAGAUGGAGAAGGCCCAUCUGGAGGCGGAGGGAAUCACUGAGAACCAGGUGAAAUCCUGGGACGUCACCACUAUCAACUGCACGGCCAACCAGAACAUGAGCAAGAUGGACUGGUUCAAGGGGCUGGAGCCCAACUUUCAGCAGUUCUUGCUUUACCGGCAUUGUAGGUACUUUCCCAUGCUGAUCAACCACCCAGAGAAGUGCAGGGGUGACAUUUACCUGCUGAUUGUGGUCAAGUCCAUCAUCACGCAGCACGACCGGCGGGAGGCCAUCCGAAGGACCUGGGGCCAGGAGAAGGAGGUGGAUGGGAAAAAGAUCAAGACUCUAUUUCUGCUGGGCACGGCCUCCAAAGAAGAAGAGAGGGCCAACUACCAGAAGCUGCUGGAUUAUGAGAACCAUAUCUAUGGGGAUAUCCUACAAUGGGAUUUCCUGGACAGUUUCUUCAACCUCACCCUCAAGGAGGUCCAUUUCUUAAAGUGGCUCAACAUCUACUGUGACAACAUUCGCUAUAUCUUCAAGGGGGAUGACGACGUCUUCGUCAGCCCCAGCAACAUUCUGGAGUUUCUGGAGAACAAGAAGGAAGGAGACCUCUUUGUGGGAGAUGUCCUGUACAAGGCCAGGCCGAUCCGGAAGAAAGAGAACAAGUACUACAUCCCCAGCGCUCUCUACAACAAGAACAUCUACCCACCCUAUGCUGGUGGUGGAGGUUUCCUCAUGGACGGGCCCCUGGCCAUAAAGCUCCACAGGGCCUCAGAGACCUUGGAGCUGUACCCCAUUGAUGACGUCUUCCUGGGGAUGUGCCUGGAGGUACUCAAGGUGGCGCCAGUCAGACAUGAGGGCUUCAAGACCUUCGGCAUUGUGAAGAACAAGAACAGCAAGAUGAACAAGGAGCCGUGUUUCUACCGGGACAUGAUGGUGGUUCACAAACUGUUGCCCCUGGAGCUGCUCCAGAUGUGGAGCCUGGUCCACAGUAACUUAACUUGCUCCAGAAAGCUCAACGUCCUUUAGUGUGUGGCUUCCCUGAGGGGCUGCGGCAGGAAGGGCUGGAGCAGCUGGAACCUUGUCCUGCGGGGCGAGGGGAAAGAACCUAGAACCAGAUGAAGGCAACAAACAGUUCUGGGACUAUUCCAGAGCCUUCCCUUCCGGCGACGAGAGAAGAGAGACUGUGUUCGGGGGGAGGGAAGGUUUCUAAUGGGGUAUUUUUGUACUGUAUUGCAUUUUUUAUCUCCAACUGGGUUGGGGGGGUCACUGAAAAAG